CAAAGAUUGCUUCGUACGGGAAUCGAACACGCUACCAUUUACACGGCAGCGAAUUGCCCAGCUACUCCGUCAUCCGUGUAGUCGAAUAUUUAAUUAUAUAAAUACUUAAUUAGACUGUCAGUCAUAGUUUAAAUUGAGUUAUAAUGAUUUGCUUAGUAUCAUUUAUUUAUCUUUAAGUAGUCAAUGUGAAACGUAGUGUGUGUCGACGAGAAAAAUAUUUUUAAUACGUUUUACGAAAUGAAGUUUUUAAUUAUGACCGCUAUGUGCUUUUGCGUAAAAACUGUGCUGACUCGAGAUUGCUAUUGGAACACUGGGUGCAAAUACAAAUAUUUUUCGAGUAAAACUCCGUAUGAAAUUGUUAGAGGCGAUAUAAGGGAUUCGAUCGUAAAACCGGAAGGAUGUGAAACCGUCAGUGUGUGGUCUAUAAUGCGCCACGGAAAAAGAAACCCUAGUACAAGGUACGCGAAAGACAUAAAAUAUAUUUUAAAACACUACAAAGACUAUAUUGUAUCGAGUUAUGAAAUUGGAAAUAGUUCUCUUUGUGCUCAAGAUAUAGAGAAUAUUAAAAAUUGGAAGAUUGAAACUAGUUUGCUUGAUGAACCAAAUGAAAUAUCUAACGAAGGAUAUCGAGAGCUAUUUGAUAUUGGAAGUAGGAUAAAAGAAACGUUUCCAGAACUUCUGAGUAAACUUCAAGAAAACGAGUACAUAUUCACGCCAGGGUUUGGAAGUCGUCUUGAAGCGAGCGCUAAGGCUUUCGUCGAAGGUCUGAACGACCAUAAGUUGGUCAUCACUAAAGUGUAUGGUGAUUACACUUUCGUCGCACCUUACUCGACGUGUGGAAAAUAUCAGGUCGAUGUACGAAAUAGCCCAGACCUUUAUCAUGAGGCAGAAGUUUAUGAAAAGACUGAGGAGUACUUGAACAUGAGAGAAAGGGUCGCGAACAAUUUAGGCUUAAAUUUUGUUCCCUCCAGCGACAAUAUAACAGCAAUGUAUGACUUGUGCCGGUACACUUGGAACGGGCUUCAGCGUAAACCGAGUCCAUGGUGUGCUGUAUUCACAGUCGAGGAUCUCAAAAUUUUGGAGUACGUGGGAGAUCUUAGACAUUAUUAUAGAAACAGCUAUGGAGCGACCAAAUUCAGUUCUGUACUAGGACAGUUACCGAUGGCAGAUUUGCUAAGAAAUUUUCAACUUGCGAAAUGUGGAAAGGGAAAGAAAAUUGUUUCAUAUUUUACUCAUGCCACUAUGAUGGAUAUGUUAAUAGUCGUUUUUAAUCUUUAUAAAGAUCCAACUCCGCUUCAGGGAUCUUAUAGAAACGUGAAUAGAAAAUACAGAUCCACGUUUUUGUCGACGUUCGGGAGCAACCUAAUUGCAGUAUUAAACAGAUGCAGGAAAGCACACACCUACGACUUCACUGUAUCAUUUUAUUGGAACGAAAAACCGCUGACUGAAAUAUGCAACAAAGGAACCUGUUCAUGGCAGGAGUUUGAAGACAUAUUCAAACCGUUUUUGAACGCCACGGUUGACAUCUGCGAAUUUAAAUGGUCAAAUAUAGAUUAAAUCAAUUAUUUAUUUUAAUUUAUCAAAACUUGAGAAGUGUACAAAUAUGUUUGUCUAUUAACUUUUCUUAUUCUACAUCCUAAAUAUCUAACGCUAACAGAGAAGAUAGAAUCUUUGGAGAAAGGACAAUAGUUAAAACAAAACUUUUGCUUUUGUUUCUAAUUCUAACUUAAACUUUAGUAGGUAUAGGUAACUAGUACAACAAAACGCUUAUCAGCUUAGCUUACAAUGAGGGACUCUGUUCGAGUUUGUAACAAAUAAGAACCCCAAAUGAAUGCGAGUGGAAACCUUAAAACAAUUUGCAAAUUAAUUUGUUGGGAUUAGGUCGGACCCCAUUGUAUCAUCAACGCUGCUACAUAAUGGCUACUUAUAAAUAAAACCUGCUUUUUCAUAUA